UAGUCGCAGGCGCCCCGACGCGCGCUGCAGGUGGCAAGUUGGAGGCGCUGCCGCCACCGCUGCAAGAGAAGCCCGGGUCUGGCAACCUCUUGCAGCCACCGUGAGCCCUUUCCCGCCGCUGAGUCCGAGCUCAAACCCGGAAAAAGCCGAAGGGAACAGCCGCUGUGCAGGGACUAGGAGCAGCGCUCCGGCUGCGUGCCCUUGCGCUACUUUGUUUUCUCCGAGGAAGAUUGUGCCUGGGGGCUGGGAACAGGUUCGAAAAGGAAUCUAGAGCAAGGCUUCUGCUAUCCAGAACAAUCAACCAUGACCACCGAAUCAGGAUCAGACUCAGAAUCCAAGCCAGACCAGGAGGCUGAGCCCCAGGAGGCAGCAGGGCCUCAGGGGCAAGCAGGGGCACAGCCUGGACCAGAGCCUGCAGGUGGAAACGGAGGCGGCAACGGCGGCGGCGAGAAGCAGCAGCCCGCCCUAGAGCAGUUCCCUGAAGCCGCUGCACACAGCACCCCGGUGAAGAGGGAGAUCGGUGACAAAGACCGGGACUUUGCUGCUGCAGCUGCGAAACAGCUUGAAUAUCAGCAGUUUGAGGACGAUAAGCUCUCUCAGAGAUCAUCCAGCAGCAAACUCUCACGGUCCCCGCUGAAGAUCGUGAAAAGGCCUAAAAGCAUGCAGUGCAAAGUGACGCUUCUGGAUGGGUCAGAGUACGGCUGCGAUGUGGACAAGCGCUCCCGAGGACAAGUGCUCUUUGACAAAGUAUGCGAACAUCUGAACCUGCUAGAAAAAGACUACUUUGGCCUCACGUAUCGAGACGCAGAGAAUCAGAAGAACUGGUUGGACCCUGCUAAGGAAAUUAAAAAGCAGAUUCGGAGUGGUGCUUGGCAUUUUUCAUUUAAUGUGAAGUUUUACCCACCAGACCCUGCCCAGCUAUCAGAAGAUAUCACCAGGUACUACCUCUGCUUGCAGCUGCGAGAUGAUAUUGUGUCUGGACGGCUACCCUGUUCCUUCGUGACUCUUGCGCUGCUGGGCUCCUACACGGUGCAGUCAGAGCUCGGCGACUACGAUCCUGAUGAAUGUGGGAAUGACUACAUCAGUGAGUUCCGCUUUGCGCCAAACCACACGAAAGAACUGGAGGAUAAAGUGAUCGAGCUGCACAAGAGCCACAGAGGAAUGACGCCAGCUGAAGCCGAGAUGCAUUUCCUCGAAAAUGCCAAAAAGCUCUCCAUGUACGGGGUGGACCUACACCACGCCAAGGACUCAGAAGGAGUAGAGAUUAUGUUAGGAGUCUGUGCCAGUGGUCUGCUGAUAUAUCGUGACCGGCUCCGAAUAAACAGAUUUGCUUGGCCGAAGGUCUUAAAAAUUUCUUAUAAACGGAACAACUUUUACAUUAAAAUCCGGCCAGGAGAGUUUGAGCAAUUUGAAAGCACCAUUGGGUUCAAGUUACCAAACCAUAGGGCUGCCAAGCGCCUCUGGAAAGUGUGUGUGGAGCAUCAUACAUUUUUCAGAUUAUUGCUACCAGAAGCACCUCCAAAGAAAUUCUUGACCUUGGGCUCCAAGUUCCGCUACAGUGGCAGAACCCAGGCGCAAACAAGAAGAGCCAGUGCGUUGAUAGACCGUCCGGCCCCUUACUUUGAACGCUCGUCCAGCAAACGAUACACCAUGUCUCGCAGCUUGGAUGGAGCGUCAGUGAGUGAAAACCAUGAAAUAUACAUGAAGGAUUCUGUGUCUGCUGCAGAGGUUGGUACAGGCCAGUACGCCACAACAAAGGGCAUCUCUCAGACCAACUUGAUCACCACUGUGACUCCAGAGAAAAAGGCUGAAGAGGAGCGUGUGGAGGAAGAAGACAGAAGGAAGAAGGCUGAGGAAGCCACACCCGUCACAGCCCUCCGGCACGAGGGAAAGUCACCACCCGGGCAUGGCGCUGCUGACUCAUGUCCCCCGUCACCCCCAUCAGCCCAUCCUGACCCUCCCCCUCCCACAGAGCUCCGCAAGAGGUGUAAGGAGAAGGAAAGGGCUGAGCCAUCCUCCUUGGAGUCUGAGGCCCAGGGCAAGGCCUACUUAGGGGACCAAGAUGUGGCAUUCAGUUACAGGCAGCCAACUGGCAAAGGGACCACGCUCUUUUCCUUCUCCUUGCAGCUCCCCGAGUCGUUCCCCUCGCUCCUGGAUGAGGAUGGGUACCUCUCUUUCCCCAACCUGUCUGAAACCAACCUCCUGCCCCAGAGCUGGCAGCACUUCCUGCCCAUCCGCUCGCCCUCCCUCCUCCCCUGCUUCCUCUUCAUCUUCUUCUUCCUGCUGUCUGCCUCCUUCUCAGUACCAUACGCCCUCACUCUCUCCUUCCCUCUGGCGCUGUGCCUCUGCUACCUGGAGCCCAAGGCGGCCUCCUUGAGUGCCUCCCUAGACAAUGACCCGAGUGACAGUUCAGAGGAAGAGACUGACAGUGAACGGACAGACACUGCGGCUGAUGGGGAGACCAGUGCCACGGAGUCGGACCAGGAGGAAGACGCAGAGAUCAAGGCACAGAAUAGUGUGAUUAAGCGAAUAAAGGGUGAAAAUGUGUAUGUCAAACAUAGUAAUCUUAUGUUAGAGGAUCUAGAUAAAACUCAAGAUGAGCUGAUGAAGCACCAAACCAAUAUUAGUGAGCUGAAAAGAACCUUCUUAGAAACCUCUACAGAAACUGCCUUAACAAACGAGUGGGAAAAGAGGCUCUCUACAUCUCCCGUGCGGCUGGCUGCCAGGCAGGAGGAUGCGCCCAUGAUUGAGCCGCUGGUACCCGAGGAGACCAAAGAAGAGAGAGAGAUUUCUGAGAAAGUUGUAUUUUUACAGCAAGGAAGCUCGCCAUUCCUUGAGUCUCAGACUAAACAGUCUUCUGGGGAGAAGCUGAUGGAUGGCUCGGAGAUCCUCAGUCUGUUAGAGUCUGCGCGGAAACCCACAGAGUUCAUAGGAGGGGUUUCGUCUACUACCCAGAGCUGGGUGCAGAAACUGGAAACAAAGACUGAGCCCGUUGAAGCAGAGGUGGAAUCCACCCCACACCCUCAGCCCCUCAGCACGGAGAAAGUGUUGCAGGAAACGGUACUGGUAGAGGAGAGGCACGUGAUGAGUGUGCACGCCAGCGGGGAUGCCUCGCACACAGCCCGGGAUGAAGUUGAUGCUGCAGAAUCCACACCCACAGAUCGCCGCCACAGUGGGAAAGGGAAGGAGGGCUCUUCUGUGACGGAAGCAGCCAAGGAACAGAGAGGCGAGGAGGUUGACCAGUCUGCCCCGGAGCAGGAACAGCCAGCCACUGUCUCCCAUGAGGAGGAGCAGGUGUUGCCCGUCCGCGCUUCUGAGGGUUUGGAACAAAAAUCUCAUUUUGAGUCAUCCACCGUGAGGGUAGAAAGCACGAGUGUGGGCAGUGUUUCUCCAGGAGGAGCAAAGCUAGAGAUCUCUACCAAGGAGGUGCCCGUGGUCCACACGGAAACGAAAACCAUCACGUACGAGUCAUCUCAGGUCGAUCCUGGGGCAGAUCUGGAGCCAGGUGUGCUAAUGAGCGCCCAGACGAUCACGUCUGAAACCACUAGUACUACCACCACCACACACAUCACCAAAACUGUGAAAGGAGGCAUUUCGGAGACGAGGAUUGAGAAGCGAAUAGUCAUCACAGGGGAUGCUGACAUUGACCAUGACCAGGCGCUGGCUCAGGCAAUUAAAGAGGCCAAAGAGCAGCACCCAGACAUGUCAGUGACCAAAGUAGUAGUCCAUAAAGAGACAGAAAUCACACCAGAGGACGGAGAGGAUUGACCACAGGAAUAACUCAGCCUGCACAUGAACCCAGUCAUGUGAACCGUUAGGAAAACCGGAGCCUACAUGGAAUUCCCUCUUCUAACCCAACUGACUUCUAUCCGUCCGUGGAAAAUUCUGACCCGGGAGAGCUGACCUUGACCAUUCGAUCAUUCUUUACCCUGGCAGAGAGAUCUUCCGCAAUCCAAGCAAUCCAAAUCAGCAUCACUAAACCGAUACUGCAUGAAGCAACGAUUAAAAAAGAAAAAUCACAAAAACAGUAAAACUUUUAAUUUUCACCAAAAAUGUCUCCUUUUUCAACUCUCCCUGCACGUUCAUAACCAACAAUGUAAACUGUGAUCUCACGUAACCCAUCGACAGCUCAUGCCUUUCAUAGUUUAUUAUUAAAGUCUCAACUGAACUACAGUUUCAUAGGUGACAAAUUCUCUGUUUACAGUAAAUGGUAAUCACCCUACAAUGCUAUCAGCCGUCUAGGUCCGGUGUGUCAGAUUUACCCCAGAUUAGAUGUGCCAAUAACGAACCUUAUCCAGUAAACCACUUGAAUCUUGUCCUUGUCUAAUCUGGUUUUAUUAUCCUCAACCACAAGCAGUAACGACUCUCUGACCCUCUAGAACUAUUUAAUGCUUACAAUCUUGCUUUAUGUCUCUCCUUUGUUAUAACGUAGCACUGGUUUUAGCACAUACUGAUGUAAUUUCUUCCUCCUCACUUGCUCUGGUCUCCAUUCAAAUCCAGAAAGAUUCCCGGAAUUACCUAAGCCAACCCUCAAUAUGUAAAUGAAUCAUUGUUUGGGGAAAAACAUGUAUUUUUUGGUUAGUUAACAAUAUUAUGAAAAUUCACUCCAGGGAAUUUUCUACCUACUUUUGCUUUCUGGUUUUUUUUUUCCUUUUUCCUUGUAUUCUUUUCAUUGAUUUUUUUUCUUCAUUUACUUGAACAAAAUAAGGUGUUUUAUUUACAAAUCUGGUCCAUAUUUACAAUCUAGUUCAGAGCCAAGCCUUAAAUUGUACAGAAUUUCCACUGUAAUUAAAAUAUCUAGUGUUUAGUUAUAAAUAGCCUCCAGAAAGAUAUAUUCUCCACUACACUGUCAACUGCAUCACAGCCCGUCGUGAAUGAUGUCACCGCAUCUCGAAAUAAAAAUGGCAAAUGCAUUGAAAAGC